CAGGCUAGCAACGCACGACUCUGCAGUUCAGCUUUUAGACUCCUCUUUAACCGAAGUGAUCAUACUGUCGAGUGAGUAACUGUUUAAGGAUCCCUUGAUUAAAGGACUCAUCAAUAUGUUGAAAACGUCAAUGGCUUGGAACCUUUUGACAAUAUUCAUCGCGGCUGGUGACAUCUCUGCCGAGGUGCUUCCAGGCGACGUCUGCUACGCUGGUGAGACACCAAAUGUGACCGAUUCUCUGACCAAGCUACCAAUUGGUUGUUGUCAGGAAAUGACUAGAAAAGAGUGUGCUGUUGCCAACAACGGCCAAUGCAUGUUCAAAUGGCAGACGGGACCGUGUGAUUAUACCGCCGACGUUUGCACUUCUUCCUGGUUCUGCACUUGCUGUGGAUCCUGUACGGAAGUGAACACUCAAUAG